AUGCCAGGGCCGCGCGCGCCUAUCGGAACUCUCCAACAGCACGCAACCGCGGCUGCGGGCCUCGUGCGCGGCAUGGUUCCCUCCAUUUUCACCCGCGACGAUCCCUCGAAAAGAGCUCCCAAGGUCGAAGAGCCUUCUGAAAGUGACAGCGAUAGUGACAGUGACACCACCACCUCCACCAACAGCGACGACUCAGAUAAAGACGAGGCCGACAAAACCGUUCGCAGUAAUGAGAAUUGGGCGGCGGACUUGAAGUCGAAAAAGGCGAACGCGACACCCUCGUCCAAAAUGAAUGGCACCAAGCCCGCUAGCGGCGAGUCUGACACAGUGGCUCCGAGCAAGAUGAAGCAGGAAAGCCCGGAUGCGAAGCCUGCUAAGGUCUCAUUUUCCGAUUCCUCAGCCAGCGAAAGCGAAAGCGAGGAUAGCGAAAGUGAGAGCGAGGAUAGCAGCAGUAGUGACAGCGACGACGAUUUGGCCAAAUCGGCAGCCAAGUCCGGAUCAUCAUUGGCCGCAAAAACUGGCAACAACAAUGAGUCCGGGUCAAGUAGCGACGAGUCUGACGACGAGUCUGAGAACGAGAGUCAGAACCGGAGCAAGAAGCAGGCUAUGCAGAAGAAGGAAAUGCCAACGCAGAGCUCCAAAGCCGCCAGCGAGGCGCCCAAGACCAAAAAGGCUACUGCCAAGUCAUCAGUCUCUACCAACGGCAUUGCGAGGAGCAAAGAGUUCGUGACUGAAUCAGAUGAUGCGGAGAGCGAUGUCGAGGCUCCCAAUCCGGGGAUUCAAACCAUGGUUGCCGAAAAGCAAAGCGACAAAACAGCAGUCCAACGUGUCCCGGAAAUCGUUACCCAAGGUUUCCAUCUGCGCAAGGCUGAAGGAGACAUUGACGCUGCCGCGGUUGCCGCGGUCUUCAACAAGGCAAAGGCCGAAGGCAAGCAGAUAUGGUACUUUACGACGCCCAAAUCUGUCCCAAUCGAAGUGAUACAGAAACAAGCCAUCCCGUUGGACAAGGUUCAUGCCGGCGAGUCCAUCUUUACUCACGAGAAUGUCGAGUACACUGGUCAUUUUGAGGAGCCAGUGAACCAUGCUAUCAAGGUUCUGAUCCCUGGGAAGAAAGGGACCAAUUAUGAGACAUUGAAUCAGCCGGUAGACCGAGUGCUUCACAUCACGCGCGUGACGCGCUUCGGUCAAGAUGGCGAGAGCCAGUCGAGUUCCGCCAGCGCAAAUGCUGGCGCCGUUUCCACAGUUCCUCGGCCGCAGCCAAAGGACUUGAAAGCUCGCUAUCUACCAUUUGGUGUCACCAAUGGCGACGUGAGCCGGACCGGCGCCGAUACCUCGGACGGCGAUGAAGACGUAGAAAUGAAGCAAGCCCCGCCGUUGUCGGCAAGCUCGGCAAGCGAUGCCAAAGCAGACGUAGCCAAAAAGGCGGCUAAGAAGCGAAAGCACGGCGAUGUCGAGAAAGGAACGCCAGGUCAAGAGGAAGCGGCGGCAACUCCAAAGAAAAAGUCCAAGAAGCCUCGAGUUGACGAUUCUAGCACGCCAGCCGUGGCGAGCUCAUCUUCCAAGAUUACCAAGCAGACCCCUAUUGCCCCUCCGCCUGUCCCUCCCAUGAGCAGCGUGAGCUCUGUUAAAGCGCCGGCGUUGCCUGAGACAGCGCAGCCGUCUCCAGCGGCGAAGAAGUCGAAGAGCAAAGACAAGGCCAAGAAAAAGGACACUGCAUCUAAGGAAGCCAAGCCUGCUGAGACAAAGAUGCCCUCAAAGGUCACCCCUGUCCUGCCCCCUCAGAUCCCUGGUGUAAAGAGUGCUUAG